CAAGAAAACAAAGAAAGAAUAAGAGAUGGAAAAUAAAACGUUUUCUUCAAACUCUGUUCAUUUGCUCAUUGUGUUUUUGCUUCUUUGUACCUUUCUUUCCCGUACCGAAUCUGCUCGUCCUUCUCACCAUGCACUACUCUCAAUCACCGGGAGGACGAUGAUGAGUAAUUAUAAGACCAAUAGUGCCAUAGGAACACCAUCAUCAACCAGUAGCCAUGCUCCAGGCGGUAAUGGGAGGAAAUUGAUGAGUAUAUAUAGACCCAAUGGAGACAUAUUUACAGGACCAUCAGGCAGUGGACAUGGUGGUGGUCGCACUCCAGCCCCCUAGUAUAUAUAUUAAUGUGUAAUUUAUGCGCUCACAAGCUAUAAGCUUUUAAUUUCUCGAUUACUUAUGACGUAUGCGUUGGUGUAGUAUAUAAUGUAAUGUUUAAUUUCUGUGUUCACAAACCAACUUUUUCAUUUCUCGACUAUGUAAUCUAUAAUAUGUGUGUUUCUCUAAUAUUUCCAAGUGUUCUUAAUUA